AACCGAUGAGUAAAAAUAAAUAAACGGAAGAACGUGAACUUCGACUUGUGCCGUCGAGUUGCAGAGACGAGAAGGGGAGGAAGAUAACCAUGGCGACCGGUGGUAAAGUAUCCUUCAAGGUCACACUCACAUCAGAUCCCAAGCUUCCUUUCAAAGUGUUUAGCGUGCCAGAGGCGGCUCCGUUCACCGCGGUUCUGAAAUUUGCGGCGGAGGAAUUCAAGGUCCCUCCUCAGACCAGCGCCAUAAUCACCAACGAUGGUGUAGGAAUCAAUCCUCAGCAAAGUGCAGGCAAUGUCUUUCUGAAACACGGCUCCGAGCUCCGCCUCAUUCCACGUGACCGAGUCGGAGCUGCCUGAAUCAUAUGUGCUAGAGAGUUGUUGUAAGAGUUGAACUAAGACCAAACCUUUCUCCUUUGUUUAUCCAAUAAAACUUCGACCAAACCCUCAAACCUUUCUCAUAUGUUUCAGUGUUUUCUUACAUGUUUCAAUGUAGCUGCUACACAUGUGAAUCUCAUCUUGAUGGAACAUUAGUUGCAGACCAUCAUCACUUGCUAAAUUCUAGGAAUUUAGUCUCCAACCUCCAUGCCCUCCUCUUAUCCACAAAAACUCAUAUUGUAAGAGUGCACUUUAAGUACUAAGUAUGAUCUCUCUCUCUCUCUC